UACUACACACAUCCCAUGGGGACAAACUUGAUAUACCUUGUGGGUGCUUGCUAUAGCUCCCCUACCCUAGAUCCAUUCCCUUUUCUCCUAGUCCAGAAGUUCACGAUGACCAAAGCCUAAUGCCCUUACUGUAAGCACUCCCCAACCCUUCUCCUGUGUCUGGGGUGUGUCGGGCUAAGAGGCCUAGUUCCUGCGCCUCCCUAUGCUGUUGAGGCAAUGGGCAGGGCACUACACACUAACAGUGCUGCCUGUCCUGAGUUUCUCUCAUCUCUGGUCACCUUGGUCUGGGUCCUUGCAGGACCAGUUAGAAUACUGGAGCAUCUUCAGGCCAAGGCACAAACCACCCAGCCAGAGGGAAACCUGAGCAGGGGAAGGAAAGUGUGGAUGGUGGUAGGGUAGGGCCAGAUUUAAAAUUUGCGUGGGUGACGGUUUGUGCUCACCCACACCUACUCAACAGGAUGGCCCUAAAAAUUCACCUUCCAGAGAAGGUGGAAGCUCAGGCCUUAAUCUCCCAGGGAGGUGGGAAGUGUGUGCAGAUGAAUUAGCAGGGGACCCUAUAGAGAGCAGCACCUACCUAUUGACUGACUUGGGAAUAACUAAGGAACUGGGGCUGUCCCUAAUUAGGAACUUGCUAAGGUACAGGGUAGUGAACCACCAGGUGUGGCAGCCGUUAGGAAGCCGGUGCUAAAGCCUACCCUGAGUCCAACCCUAUGCACAAAGGUGCCACAAUCUCACCCUGGCUGAGCUCCAAGCUGAGAGUAGAAGCCAAAGCCUGAUGUGUUGUGGAGAGUGCAGGCCUAGGCAGCCCUGGGUCCCUUGCCAAACCCCUGCAGCCUAACUGUACCCAGAUCUGCGCCUAGGGCUCCCUGGAGGAUGUGACCCAGUGAGGCUUGAGACCAGAAAUUGAACAAGUACCCUUUGGAGGUAGGGGAGGUCAAGUGCAAGAGCCUGGGACAACGCCCUGCGCGCGCGCGCUGCGCGCAUGCGUCAAUACCCCCUUCCCUCCCGCGCGCGCGCCCGCGCCCGCGCGCGCUGUGUGUCCCCACCCCCACCCCAGGGACAGGCCGGAGCUCCCACCUUGGCCUGUAUCUGAGCACCUUCCCCGAUGCCGCUCUAGCAACACUUGCUGCCGCUCCGCCUGCCGCCCUUCCCAGGGGCUUCUCAUUCCUUCCUGCGGCAGGCUGUCAAGAACUGGUCCAUUUCCAAAAGGCCAGUGCUUUCAAACCAAGUAAAAUAGAACUUGAAUGUAGCUGCUGCUAACUCUGUGGUGGUGAUGGGGGGGCACGUUGGGCGUAGGAGCUUGGCAACCGGAGACCUUGGACGUGGGAGUAUUGUGGAAGGGAGGCACGAGGGUGUGAAGGGGUCAGGCAGGGGAGUCCUUGAACUUGGAGAGAUCCUCAAGCUUAUGGGUGCUGGGAAAGAAAAGACCAGAUUUCAUGGUUUAAGCUACCCAGGAGUGGAGCCAGGGUGCGUCACUACAUCCUCUUUUGCUGCCCAACCUCCAGCUCCUUGAUUUACAGCAUCACAGAUUUCCCAGUGUCGGAGUGCUUUUAACUGGGACUCGAGAGCUCAAAGCUGCAAAGAACUGGGUUGCAAUUGGCUAGUCCGUGACUCAGAUCGGAAGUACAACUGGCUGAGGCUCUGGGCCUCGGGAAACAUCCCCUCACGGGAUUGGCCGGAGUUGCCAAAGGGCCCGCCUCCCGCACGCUAAGGACUCGAUCGGGUUGAGAAAGGGGUGCUGGGGUCCUGAGGCCGAGCGCUUUGGGGAACAUGGCGGCGGACCUCGCUCAGAUUCCUGAUGUGGACAUCGACUCUGAUGGAGUCUUCAAGUACGUGCUGAUUCGAGUCCACUUAGCACCGCCCUCCGGGGAUCCGACGACGGAGUGCAAGGAAAUCGUGCGUGGCUACAAAUGGGCUGAGUACCAUGCGGAUAUCUAUGACAAAGUGUCAGGCGAGCUGCAAAAGAAUGGCUAUGACUGUGAGUGCCUAGGCGGUGGACGCAUCUCCCAUCAGAGCCAGAACAGGAAGAUACACGUGUAUGGCUACUCUAUGGGUUAUGGUCGUGCCCAGCACUCUGUUUCAACUGAGAAGAUCAAAGCCAUGUAUCCUGAUUAUGAGGUCACCUGGGCUGACGAUGGCUACUGAGGCCCUACCCCUCAGCAACUAAGUUAGGACUCUGCUCUUGCUGCGUUAUCUCUUGAGGGGCUGACCCUGUGCUCUCCUUUCGUACUUUGGGCAACAUGCCACCUGCCAGGCCUUAGAAGCCCAGACCAAUCUGGUCCAUAGGAAUUAAAAGCAUUGAUAUGCCUGCUG